UGUCCCUAGCUUGAAUGUUGACUAUCAGUCAGUCAGUUAGUCAGUUAGUUAGUCAGUCAGUCAGUUAGUUAGUCAGUUAGUCAGUUAGUUAGUCGCUAGUUAACAUCUCUAGCAGCGGCGGACAUUAAAGCUUGCUCGACCUGCUCUUCCACUUCAGCCGCGGCCAACAUGGCGUUAAAGUGAGACUAGUAUGUCCGAGCCAGCGGGCACCGACGACGGCAUGCUGACUUCGCCCACCAUUCUGCGGGAUUUCACCGCGGGUUUAAGUGCCAGCGGGCCGGGGGAGGUGAGAGACAUGGAGCCGGAGGACCCGGAGGAGCCGGAGGUGUCCCUGGAGGACAUCCUGGCCCUCUACAACCAGCCCAUCAACGAGGAGCAAGCCUGGGCCGUCUGCUACCAGUGCUGCCGGGCCCUGGCGCACAGCACACCGCGGCGGAAGGGCUCCAAGAGCGGCCGCGCGGCUGGAGAGUGCCCGCGGAGGGUGGAGGGACCCGGAGACGUCAAGAUCUGCAGUGACGGCACUGUUAGACUGGACCUUGAACGCAGCACAGGUACUUUCACGGCCAACACUGUUAGACUGGACCUUGAACGCAGCACAGGUACUUUCACGGCCAACACUGUUAGACUGGACCUUGAACGCAGCACAGAGAAAUACCCAUCAGCUUCCACGUCAUUACAGGUCCUGGACUCACUAGGCGUGAUGAUCUACAAAGCCCUGGACUUUGGACUGAAGGAAACCGAGGAGCGCGAGCUGAGCCCGCCACUGGAGCGCCUCAUCGACAUGAUGACCAACCCCCAAGAGGCGGAGGGCGACCUUUGCCCCGACGAGGGCUACGAGGCCACGGAGGAGGAGGAGGAGGACGAAGAAGAGGAGGAAGACGAGGAGGAGGAGCGGGCUCUCACCUCCUCACCUGCCGGCACCGUCAACCAAAUACGCAGCUACCGCGACGUCGUCACGUUAUGUUCCUCGCACCUCCCCAGCCCCUCCGAUGCCCCGGACCACUACCAGGCGGUGGUCCGGGCCCUCUACACAGAGUCCCGGGAACUGCGCACCUUCCUGGAGAAGAUCAGGCGUGCCAAGGAGAAUCUUCGCAAAAUGGAAGGCGAGACCCAGGGAGACCCCGCCAAAGACCUGGACGAGCUGCAGAACUCAGACUGGGCGCAGUUCUGGGUGCAGGUGAUGCGGGACCUGCGUCACGGCGUGCAGCUGAAGAAGGUGCAGGAGCGCCAGUUCAACCCGCUGGCCAUCGAGUACCAGCUCACGCCCUACGAGAUGCUGAUGGACGACAUCCGCUUGAAGCGCUACAAGCUGCGCAAAGUCAUGGUAAACGGGGUCAUUCCUCCCAGGCUGAAGAAGAGCGCCCAUGAGGUCAUUCUGGAGUUCAUCAGGUCACGACCCCCGCUAAACCCUGUGUCAGCUCGCAAGCUGAAGCCACACCCACCACGUCCUCCCAGCCUCCAUGAGCGCCUCCUGGAGGACAUCAAGGCUGAGAGGAAGCUCAGACCUGUGUCUCCUGACAUCAUCCGCAGGAAGCGUCUGGGUGCAGGGAAAAGCAUGAGCACACCUCAGGAUUUGUGCCGCAGCUCAGACACUCCUGAUGGGACAAAGAAGAUGGCGGCCAGCACACAGUCACUCAUCAGAGGCACCACAGCGUUCACUAGAAAUGGCGUCCAGCAACUCAGCCAACGCAAGAGAAUCCUGAAGGCACCAACACUGGCAGAACUGGACAGCUCGGAGUCUGAAGAGGAGAACACACGCUGCAGCUCCUUGAUGGAUUUAUCUCCUGAUUCCGUCAAAGGCAAGAAAAUGGUGUACAACAGUGGUGUAUCAGACAAACAACAGAGAAGACAGUCUAUGAACAAUGAUGUCAUCUCUCCUUACAAUGAUGUCAUCUCUCCUUACGUCAACUCUCUCUCCUCCAAGUCUCUGUUGAUGGACACCAACAGCAAGGAGGAGUGUGGCUUCCCGGUGGAGUGUGUGGUGCUGACGGUGGAGGAGGUGAUGCACAUCCGGCAGGUCCUGGUGAAAGCUGAGCUGGAGAAGUUCCAGCAGUACAAAGAUGUUUAUGCUGCCCUCAAGAAGGGGAAGCUUUGUUUCUCAUGUCGAACCAAACGCUUCUCCUUCUUCACCUGGUCCUACACCUGCCACUUCUGCAAGAGGCCCGUGUGCUCACAGUGCUUGACCAAGAUGCGUCUGCCCUCCAAGCCGUACUCCACCCUGCCAAUCUACACUCUGAGUCCCAGCACGCCUCUGACAGACAACAUGGCCGCGUCUCCAGACUCGUCCAAGCAGCCGUUUGGGUCGGCCCAGAACCGAGGCAGCCUGCGCAGGUUCUCCAGGGCGGGCAAAGACGAGGACGCCCCGCUGGAGCUGGAGCUGCCCAAGGAGCUGAUGGAGGACUGGGUGGCGACGGAGGUGUGUGUGGACUGCAAGAAGUUCAUCACGGAGAUCAUCUCCUCCAGCAGGCGCACCAUCACUGCCACCUCCAAGAGGGCUCGCCUCAACCGCCGCACUCAGUCCUUCUACAUGGCCUCCUCCAGCUCCCUCACCUUCAGACCCUCCAACAUCACCAUCAACGAGGUCUAGACCUUCUACAUGGCCUCCUCCAGCUCCCUCACCUUCAGACCCUCCAACAUCACCAUCAAUGAGGUCUAGACCUUCUACAUGGCCUCCUCCAGCUCCCUCACCCUCAGACCCUCCAACAUCACCAUCAACCAGGUCUAGACCUUCUCACCAUCAACCAGGCCUAGACCUUCUACAUAGCCUCCUCCAGCUCCCUCACCCUCAGACCCUCCAACAUCACCAUCAACCAGGCCUAGACCUUCUCUCCAUCAAUCAGGCUUAGACCUUCUCAACCAGGCCUAGACCUUCUCACCAUCAACGAGGCCUAGACUUUAUUGCUGAGGCUUAGACCUUCUGGCCAUGGAGGAGUAGACCUGGCCAUGGAGGAGUAGACCUGGUUAUGGAGGAGUAGACCUGGUUAUGGAGGAGUAGACUUGGUUAUGGAGGAGUAGACCUUCUGGAAGAAAACACACCUGCACUUUGAGAAUGUAGAAGCAUGAAUGGAAGGAAGCCCCGCCCCCAUUUUGUUCUUGUCCAAUACCAGCUCAGCACUCAGGAAGAACAAGUGAUUGUCCUUUUCUCCAAUGCACUGGAGCUCCGCCCCCUCAGGCCCCGCCCCCUUUCUUCAACAAUUCUGCCAAAAAUGUUGAGAUUGAAGUUUGUGUGCCAAAUGUUUUGUACAGAAUGUUUUUAUUUGGCUUUGGUUCCUCGGUCCUGAUCAAAACCUGGAAAUGAAUCAUCUCAGAUCAAAGAUUUGGUCAUCUUUUAUGAUUGUUGCUCUUCUGAUUGUUGCACUUGUUCAUGUGCCAGCCAACAUUUGUCUUUCAUGUCUGCUUGUCCAUCAAAGACCUUCUUCAUGUCUGCUUGUCCAUCAAAGACCUUCUUCAUGUCUGCUUGUCCUCCAAAGACCUUCUUCAUGUCUGCUUGUCCAUCUGAUGAAGGUCUGCAUGCUUUAUUCUUGUUGUAGCCAAGAAACUACAAAUAAAUCGAUUCUUUCUUA